UUGAUAAUUGACCUCAGGUUAAUCAGUGUUGAUCUUUCUGACUGACUGAGUAUGUUUGGAGCUGUAUAGAAUAAGAAAUAUGAACAUUUUCUGUAAGAUUUUGCUCGUCUGCUGGUGCGUGGUUUGCGCGUGGAGUGGAGCAGACGCCUCCUCCUCUACUCAUCCGCUGCUGCUGAUCGUGUCGUUCGACGGGUUCCGAUACGACUACCUGGAUAAGACGGACACACCAAACUUUGACGCCCUGAUUGCAGAUGGAGUGAAAGCCAAGUGGAUGGAAGCCGCUUUCACCACGAAGACAUUCCCAAACCAUUACACGCUGGCGACGGACAGGAACACGGAAAACGCAUCACCCGCUGUCGGAUCCAAACACAGCAGUAUAGAUCUAGAAUUGCUGCUGAAAGUGAAAGUAGAACUUGUCGACACGACGUACAUCAAUAAGAUGGUAUCUCCGGAUCACUGCCUGAAACAGCGCGGAGACAGGAAUGAAUGUCUCCCAUUGGUGGAACGCUGGCUGCGAGCCGAUCUGGGUGACCAUUCAGAGAUGCGGCCGCGCGAAGGAGGCGGGGCCUGGUUGCCGCUCACGCCGCAGUGGCACCUUCGCGUGGCCUGGCUCCGGGAGCAAGGUCAAAGGUCAGCGGCCGCACCAUCACGCACCGUACGAUUUGUGCGUCCGUUCCACGAUCGAGUCGACGCGGUCGUUUCGUGGUUCACGGACGCAGACGCGCCAAUCAACCUGGGACUCCUACACAUCUACGAACCGGACGGCGCGGGACAUCGGUACGGUCCCUACUCACCAGGUCAGGCGAUGAUCGAGGCGAUGGACAACGUGACCGGUUACCUGGUGAAGAGACUGCGCGAUGUUGGCCUCUAUGAUAGAAUCAACUUGAUCAUCACGAGCGAUCAUGGGAUGAUGUCCGUCGAUCCGCAAAACACCACAAUGCUGAACGACUACAUUGACAGCGCCACCUACCGGGGACAAUCGAUUCCGGGUUCCAUCGCGCUUAUCUACCCCAUGCCAGGAGAGGAAGAUACCAUCUACGAACAGUUGAGUAAGCUGGAUCACAUCACGGUGUGGCGCAAACGUGACGUUCCCUCCUACUACCACUACAGCAACAACCCGCGCAUCGCUGACAUCGUGGUGAUGGCCGACGAACACUGGACCAUCGCCACCAACACCGCGCCAUCUGAUAAAGGUCACCAUGGUUACGACAGUCGUCUGCUUUCGAUGCAUUUGUUCUUUGUGGCGCGCGGCCCGGCGUUCCAGAAGGGUCUGAUCAGCGAACCAUUUGCCAACGUCAACGUCUACCCACUCAUGUGUGAGAUACUCGGACUCACGCCGGCACCAAACAACGGUUCGCUGGCUAACGUGAAGUAUCUACGGAAGAGGAAGCCAAUCAUGGAUGGGAGUAGCAGUGCUUGCCAUGCUGGGGCAUCGGUGAUGACAGCGCAGCAUCUCCAUGGCAACCUCAAACGGCAGCAGUCCUCCAUUUGGAUUGUGAAUGGGUCUGAUAGACCCAUGUCUGGUCUGCAUGGACCCAGAUACGUGAAGGUCUCAGUAGCUGACACUUUCUUCUUUCAUUCGUCUGCUGUUGUGUCUGCAGGAGAGGAAGAUACCAUCUACGAACAGUUGAGUAAGCUGGAUCACAUCACGGUGUGGCGCAAACGUGACGUUCCCUCCUACUUCCACUACAGCAACAACCCGCGCAUCGCUGACAUCGUGGUGAUGGCCGACGAACACUGGACCAUCGCCACCAACACGCCAAACUUCAAGCAAGGUGACCAUGGUUACGACAAUCGUCUGCUGUCCAUGCAUCCGUUCUUUGUCGCGCGCGGCCCGGCGUUCCAGAAGGGUCUGAUCAGCGAACCAUUUGCCAACGUCAACGUCUACCCACUCAUGUGUGAGAUACUCGGACUCACGCCGGCACCAAACAACGGUUCGCUGGCCAAUGUGAAGCAUCUACUGAAGAGGAAGCCGAUCAUGGAGCAGGCAGCUUCCUUUCUUAGUGCACAGUCGUUUGCCGGCAUCAUAGGAAUUUUCGCCGGAGUAGAGGUGGUCGCCGUCGUCGUGGUUACGGCGGUCGUGCUCGUGCGACGUCACUACAAGCGGCGCGCUCGUCUCCAGGGCGACAACAUCGUGAUUGGCUACAGCACACUCGGCCACGGGGAGGCGAACCUGUACGGCUAGCAACGCCGACGCGCGCGCGGUAGUAGCGAUUGGUUACCGUCGUCGGCGCCGUCGCGGGGGCGCUGCUCGUCACGGC